ACCGAAUCGAAGACCCAUUGGAUAACCUAACCUAAACCUAACUCUGAAAAUGGUUUAAUCAAGCUUGUGGAUCGUCUGUUUUAAAGGUGGUUUUUAUCUGUUUUAAGUGUCGUUUUAGUGAGAAAUUAUCGUGGAAUAUAUAUAUAUAUAUAGAAAAAAUAUGAUAAAAUACAAAACUAAUUAGGAAUAACAACAAAAAGUAAUACAGUUAUGUUGAAAAAAGCAAUUAAAACCACCAGAGUUUUACAGGAAUACAAAAACAACGAAAAAAUAUGAAAAAAACCCCACAACAGAUACAGAAAAAAACCUAAAACAAACCCGGUGACUUAAAAAACCCAAAGUUACAAAAAUAAACCCGAUAUAUUACAUAAAACUACAGAAAGUAAUGAAAUUUGUACAUAAAAUCGAUGCUUCUGGUUUUGUAUUCAACUCGGAGGUACCCGCGUGUUCCUUGUACCUGUAAACCCAGUACCACACCUCAUAAACCCAGUACUACACCUCAUAAACCCAGUACUACACCUCAUAAACCCAGUACUACACCUCAUAAACCCAGUACUACACCUCAUAAGCCCAGUACUACACCUCAUAAGCCCAGUACUACACCUCAUAAACCCAGUACUACACCUCAUAAACCCAGUACUACACCUCAUAAACCCAGUACUACACCUCAUAAGCCCAGUACUACACCUCAUAAACCCAGUACUACACCUCAUAAACCCAGUACUACACCUCAUAAACCCAGUACUACACCUCAUAAACCCAGUACUACACCUCAUAAACCCAGUACUACACCUCAUAAGCCCAGUACUACACCUCAUAAGCCCAGUACUACACCUCAUAAACCCAGUACUACACCUCAUAAACCCAGUACUACACCUCAUAAACCCAGUACUACACCUCAUAAGCCCAGUACUACACCUCAUAAACCCAGUACUACACCUCAUAAGCCCAGUACUACACCUCAUAAACCCAGUACUACACCUCGUAUCGUGUGAGAACAAUAUACUGACGUAAUACAAGUAAGUGUUAAUAAAAAUUAGUUAAUAGUUACCUACAUGAGUGAAAAGGUCAAACGUAAUGACCUCUGACCUCUGACCUCUGAGGAAAAAUAAAUAGAGGAAAAUUACUGCAGUGAAAUGUGUAGUUGAAGCAAUAACUCGACAACACAACAACAUGAGUGUCAAUGGAGGAGGAGGAGGAGGUAGCAGUGGAGGAGGUAAACACACAUCUCCUCGGGUCUGUAGGAUAUCAGAGGUAUCCUACGCCCCCUCAAGGACACCUCACCACGUACAGGAUGUCUCUCCGGUGAUCUACGAAACAUGUGAAAGGCAGAAGGAAGAACAGGAACACCCAGACACGUUGCCGAGGGUGAGAUACACUCGUCCUGAUGUAACCCACACCAGAACCUCGACUCAAUGUCCUUACGUCGACGAGCAAGACUGGGGGGAAACUGAAGUACCUUACGAUUAUUGCUCCGUGACGCCCGAUCUAGCUUGCCCCGUUACUGAAGAUGUCACCAGGGGUACUAGGGACGUCACCAGGGGUACUAGGGACGUCAACAGGGCCACUAGGGACGUCAGUAGGGCCACUAGGGACUCAGGAUGUCAACAAUGGACGGGGACUUUGGACGUUCCUGAAGAAUAUCGUGAGAUCUCUCCACCCUCUUAUCACGGCUCCUUAUGUAUGGUGCCUCAGGGGAGUAGCGUGGAGGCGAGGUUGAGUGACGCCCUGGGCCUGGCAGCAGAGGACCCCUGGGCAGGAGGGAGGCGCCUUAGCAGGAGCCUUGAGGACCUACCAACUGACAUACAGGACCACAUCCUCAGGUGUCAGUGUACCUGUGACCACCUGGGCUAUGGCAACUUCUCGGUGAGUCCUUCUGUCUGUGUUAUCUAUCAGCCAA